GUGAAGUUUUUGAGCGAGGCGGCUGACACGUAGAGGCGAUGAAGAGACAGAGCGAUAGCAAAGAAGGUCCUGUGGAGAAAGUAGCAAGGAUUGAGGUGAAAGAGAACGGGAAUGAGCAUGCUGGUUGCACUGGUACGAAUGGCUCAUCUACAGUAGUUACGACGGGGAGUUUACAGUCUAACGGGAGGCCAUCAUCAAGUAUCGUUGGUAUCUCGAGAACCAUUGCUGCUUGUCAGCGGUGUAGACAGAAGAAGACCAAAUGUGACCAGCAGUUCCCGAGCUGUGCUCGUUGUUUGAAAGCUGGUGUUGCGUGUGUCGGGUUGGACCCUGCAACAGGUCGUCAGGUCCCCAGAUCGUAUGUGAUUUCGCUUGAAGAUCGUAUUGGCCAUCUGGAGGCGCUGUUGAAGCAACAUGGGAUCGAUCCUAACGGUUCGGUUAACGAUGACAGUGCUGUGUUGCCCUCAAGCAACCACUCUUCACCUCAGAUUAACCAUUCACCUGUUUCCGUUGCGUCGAAUAACUCUGGGAUGUCACAGCCUCCAAAGGACUCUAUAGGGACGAGUGUUAAACUUGCUGUUCCCUCUAACAACUCGAAAGAUUUGUCGUUUUAUAUCGGUGAUUCGUCAGGGAUUUCUUUUGCCAAAUUGUUGUUUACCGCGGUCAAUUUCCACCCAGGCUCCAUUACGGAGAAUAACUCAAUAACUACAAGGGUACCCACUGCAAAGGAUGGUACGCAGCAGAUUACAACUUCGCUGCCUAAUAAGCAGAUGGCGGAGUACUUGAUCAAGUGUUACUUUGAACAGUCGAAUACCCAAUUGCCAAUUGUACACAGAGAAUAUUUUAUAAAUCAUUACUUCAAACCCGUGUAUGGGAAUCUAUCAGCUGAUUUGAAGUUGGCCUCGAACUACACAAAGAUGAACUUGGAUACUUCACCAAUUGCAGAUGAGGAUACCUGGUAUCAUCAAUACCAGAAGAAAAAACUACAAGCGUAUGAGGCAUCAGAGGUCCCGGCUGAAUUUCACCAACCGUUAUUCUUCUUACACAUGAUAUUUGCCAUUUCAUCAUCGAUAAACUUGUUGAACUAUGACCCUGAAACGUCAAACUCUUACAGGCUACAGGCAAUGAUCUUUGUGGAAUCAAUAUAUUCUGCAGAAGAUAGAUUAGUUUGCUUACAAGGAUUGUUGUUUAUGACGUUAUUCUCCAUAAUGAGGCCUUCAAAUCCAGGAGUAUGGUAUAUAUUGGGCACCUCAUUAAGACUCUGUGUUGAUUUGGGGCUGCACACAGAAAAGUUGAACAGUCAAUUCUCUCCAUUUGUCAAAGACAUGAGACGCCGUCUAUUUUGGUGUGCUUACUCGCUUGACCGUCAAGUCUGUGUGUAUUUGGGGCGUCCCUUUGGUAUCCCUGAGGAGAGCGUCUCUACCAAGUUUCCAGUGGAAUUGGAUGACUGUCUGAUUAACGAAGAUGAAACACAGGACUUCACAGGAGCCUCUAACUCAUUGCCGACUUACAAGACGAUAUCUUUAAACUUCUUCAAGAUUAGAAGAAUUCAAGCGGAAAUCUUGGAAGUUUUAUACUUUUCGAGUUCAACAUUACCACGAUUUUAUAACAAUUUGAACGAUUGGAAACAAAAGAUCGAUAACCAAUUGGAACAUUGGUUUAGAGCAAUACCAUUAAAGACAUCAAGAAAGUGCAAUUGUGACUUCAAUUUCGAAUUUUUCAAGUUGAACUAUCACCAUACAAAGAUAUUACUAUUUGGAGUAACGCCGAAGAAUUCAAAACCAACAAAUAACACAUUGAGAGUGAUAUUUGAUUCUUCAAAGGGUAUAAUCGAUUGCUAUGCAGAGUUGUUGAAAUCCAAAACAGUGAACUACACGUGGUCUGCAGUACACAAUUUAUUCAUGGCAGGGACGUCGUUUUUCUACGCCAUAUAUACUUCAAGGGAUAACUUAAUCACAGUUGAGGAGUUUCAAAGGCAAUCAAGAACAGUGAUCGAUGUAUUGACCUCAUUAGUGCAAUCAUGUGAAGCGGCAUCACCAUGUGUUGAGAUAUUUGAGAUAUUGACUCUUGCCAUGAUCAGAAUGAAAUUUGAGAACGCAGACCAUUCUAAUAUUGUUACACAUACUGAUUUAGAUGACAUUGACAAGUUCUUUGAACAGUUGAACCAAAAGACUCCAAGUGAACAUGGGGACAUUUUCAAAGAUCUGAAACAACCAACACCUAUAAAUCCAAUGAAUACCAUAAGGAUGUUACAACAACAUCAUCAUCAUCAGCAACAACAAUCACAGACACCACAGGAAUGGCAACAUCGUGUAUCUCGAAAUCAGGGAUCAAUAGCUGGGUCACCUGAGAGCUCAUCGGAUGGUCAAUAUCCUAGUCUUUCUACCCCACCGUUGAAUUCGUAUGGGGGCAACGGUCACAUCACACAGGACUUUGAACAACAGAGAAUAUUUGAAUUGAUGAACCAAAUUUCAAGUGACACGAUAUAUAAGCAGAUGUUUGGGGGACAAGACUUUAUGGGAACCGGUAUAUAGCUUAGGCCACUGAUAUAGAAGACCAAUCAUAGCGGAUGGUUUUUAAUCUCGCUCAU